AAAUGGCGAGAUGUGACAAAAAUUCAUAAAAUGACCAUUUAAAACGGUAAAAAGUAAAUUGGAUAUCAAUUGGUGAUCGGUUAUGGCUAUUAACCCAAGAGACAUGGAUGGCUUUAUGCCACUCUUGUCAACUACAGACAUUAAAAAGAAAUUACAUGUUGGUAACCUGCUUCUAACUUAUUUGGGAGAUUUCAACCAAAGCAUCGAAUGCCAAGACAUCGGGCUGUUCGUCGACAACCUCAUACCUUGGCUACAUAAUGGAAAUCCUCGGGUCUGUCAAAAUGGUUUGGAUGCACUUACUUAUCUCGCCGAUCGACUGGGCCAGGAUUUCAAGCCCUACAUCUCUACAAUUAUGCAGCCCACUAUUGAUAGAUUGGGGGAUAGCAAGGAUACGACAAGAGAAAAAGCUGCUAUGGUUCUUCUCAAACUCAUGGAAAAAGGAAGCCUUUCACCUCAACAACUGCUGGAGAAACUUCACCCAACAUUUGGUCACAAAAAUGCCAAAUUAAGAGAAGAAAGUCUCAUUCUUCUCACGACAACAUUAACCGAAUACGGAGCUGACGAAAUGGCAUUGUCAGGAGUCAUUCCAAACAUAGUCAAACUUCUCUCCGAUCCAACUGAAAAAGUUCGCGAAACAGCCCUGAACACUUUGGCUGAUAUCUACAGACACGUAGGCGAAAGAUUGCGACUGGAUUUACAAAGAAAACACAGCGUACCCCAGGCAAAGUGGUUGUUGUUGGCUGAGAAGUUCGACCAGCUCAAGGCUGCAGGGGAUGUGUUGCCGUCGGCAAUGUGCUCCUCAGACAUUGGAAAAGAGGAGGAUGAACCGGACCGAGCGAUCAAGUCAGCUCCGGUCAAGAGAUCUACUAGUGUUUCACAAAAAAGAGGACAAUUCGGACCAUCUAAAUCUGUACAGUCAACGACAGCUCCUUCUGGUAGUGUUACCUCUUUGGCGAAACGGGCACAUCUAAAAUACAGUUCAUCCGCGAAAUCAGCGGCAGGUCAAGCAGGAGCAAUCGACGAGGAGUCUUUUCUCGCAGCUUUUGAGGACGUACCAGCGGUGAAAUUAUUUUCGGCAAAAGAUCUGGAGGAACAAAUGAAGAGUAUUAAAGAUAUAGUUGGAGAUGACAAGAAAGACUGGAAACAGAGGAACGAGAGUAUGAAGAAACUGAGAGGUAUACUUAUUACGGGAGGUGCAAAUUUUGACAAUUUCACUGAGUGUCUAAAGAACGUACAAAGACCAUUCGAAGCAGCCUGUACAGAUUUAAGAUCGCAGGUUGUCAGAGAAGCAGCCAUAACAAUGGCUUUCUUGAGUCAACAGUUGAGAAACAAGUUCGCGUCUUUUGCAGAGUGUGUCUUACCGACUCUUAUCAACCUGAUACAAAACAGUGCCAAGGUCAUGGCCACGUCCGGUAUGGUAGCUGUCCGUUUCAUUUUGCAAAAUACUCAUAGUGCCAGAUUUAUUCCAAUCAUAACUACCAGUUUGAACAGCAAAAGCAAGGAUAUCAGACGAGCAUCUUGUGAAUUUUUACAUCUGAUACUUCAAUGCUGGGCCACACCAAUCCUACAGAGACAUAUCGUAGCUUUACAGGAUGCCGUCAAAAAAGGCAUGGCAGAUUCCGAUUCGGAGGCACGAGCAGCUGCAAGAAAAUCGUACUGGGCAUUCAAAGAACAUUUUCCCGAACAGGCAGAAAUCUUGCUCAAUAGCUUAGAUGCCACCUACAAAAGGUCGCUUAUGUCUCUCAGUAACAGCGGCAGUAUCAACAGUCUAAAUGCAGUAGCAAGAUCCACUAGCAUAAGCCCUAGAGCUCCGAGACCUACAAUGAGUGCUACAGGUAGUACAGAGAGCUUACACCAUGGUCAGUCAGCAGCGCACGGGCCUAUAAAGCGAACCCCGUCUUUGCCUAGAUCGUAUCGUCAAUCUGGCAUUCCUAUUCUACAAAGAUCUUCCGAUAAUCAUUGUCGCAUAACACCUGGAGUGAGAUCAACCAGCGCAAUAGAUCUGCAAGCAGCACAAAGAGCCAAGGCCAGAAUGGUAUACGCCAAUAUGAAUCGACAAAAAGCAACUCUACCCCGUGCAGUCAAGUCUCCAGAUCAUCAGAGUGCAAUCCCUAGUCCAGAAAGAACAGCAAGGACUCGGACAAGAGUCUCUGGAGUUUCUCAAUCUCAGCCCAGCAGCAGGUCCGGUUCGCCAUCGUCGAGGCUGAGUUAUGCAACGUACAACAGAGAAGGAGAAUCUUUUAUUGCAAGGCCACGACGAUUAUCCGGUCAGGGUAUAAGGAGUACAGGAAACAGUCGAGAACCUAGUCCGCAGCGUUUUGGCAUGGACAAGAGCUUUGGGAGUAAAAUUAGAGGUAGAAAUCUUCAUAUGUCCCCGACAGACCGGCCACCAACAAGGCCAGUUAUGGCUCAAAAAAUGCUCCAACAAUCCCGAGAAGCAGAAUCGGCGCUUGCCGACGCUCUGACUUUCGACAAUAUAGACAGCUACACAAGAACGCCAAGGGGUAAAGGUGAUCAUAGCGAUGACAGUGAAACUAGCAGCAUAUGCUCAGAGCGAAGCAUGGACAGUUUUCGACGACCUAGUGACUCGUUUUCAUGGAGCGGAUCCCAACAAAGAUUGUAUCGCGAUUUGUGGGAUCAAUCCAUCCCUAAGGACAUCAAAGAAAUCAUUGAAAACUGCAACCGUAAGCAUUGGGGAGAUCGUAAAGAAGGUUUAGUCGGUCUCCAACAUUUUCUUGCUAACGGAAAUACAUUGACAGCAACGGAAUUGCGAAAGAUAACAGAUAUAUUCGCUAAAAUGUUCAUGGACUCCCAUACUAAAGUAUUCAGUUUAUUUUUGGAUACUUUGAACGAACUUAUAGCGAGUCAUAACGAGGACUUGGGCGAUUGGUUGUAUGUCUUGUGCGCUCGACUUCUGAACAAACUUGGUACAGAUAUACUCGCCUCGAUACAAACUAAGGUUCACAAGAGCUUGGAUGUCGUCAGAGAGUGCUUCUCUGGCGAGCAGCUGUUACCGGCUGUUUUACGGUUUUUAACCGAUCCUACCCAGACACCAAAUUCCAAAGUUAAAGUUGCAACGUUAACCUUCAUAACGCAAAUCGCCGAUACUGCGGAACCUUCGGCACUAAACAGCUCGGGGGGAUCAGCUCUGGCGAGAUUAUUAGACUGGACGAAUGACGUGAAAAGUCAAGAUGUCAGAAGGCAUGCUCAAAAUGCCGUUAUAGCACUUUACAAUUUAAAUACACCUCAAGUUACGAUGAUACUCUCUGACUUACCAAGACCUUACCAAGAAGCAGCCUUACCCUUAGUUCAAAAUCAUCUCAGAAGAUCCGCGGGAGCUAGUAACCCUGCUUCCCCUGGUACGCCACCUCCUAAGAUGCCUCACUCUCCAGCCCGUAUGACGGACGACGACAAUUUGAAUCCUGAAGAGGUUUACAAAUGUUUGAGGCGAACAACAGCUGAAAUCCAAAAUUAUGGAUUUGAUCGUUUAGAAAGAGCAACGACGAGUAAAGAUAGUGGAAUCAGUAACAUGGCAGAUGUGGAAGAGAGGAUGGAAGGCAUUGCAUUAUCGAAUUCAGGACGUUCGUCGUCGGUUUCUUCUCCAACGCAGCGAGGUAGAACGGUAACGAAUGUGACAUUGAAUGGUUCCAGUGAUACGAUUGCAGGUGAUCUUAUACUUCCGCAGGAAAAUAAUGGCUACAAAACUCAUGGUUCAUCACCAGAUUCAAUUAGGGGACCUGAAGUAUUGGACAAUAUGAUGAAAAUACUUCAAGAAGAAGUCGGUCACGAAGCAGAAAAAGUAGCCUCGUUACAAGAAUUCCAGUCUUACGUGCGGGGUGGAGAUAUACCGUACAUUAAACAAAAUUUUAGGAAACUGUUGAAAGCGUUGUUAGAGAAUCUUGCAAGUCCGCACAAAGAGGUGCAAAUCGAGGUAUUGCAGGUUUUAAUAGAACUGCUCAAAUGCCCGGAACUGACGGAGUCGUUUUCACAAUUUAUCGAACUGAUCGUACUCAAAGUAUUGCACGCACACAAGUUUGAUGAACCCAAUCCGGAAGCAUCGUCUGGUAGCGGUCGAGCCAUGGUAAAGCAGUUAGAGGUUCUCCGAGUAGCGGAGAAGUGUGCUGCUACAAUUGUGACAGUGUUACCACCUGACCAAAUUAUUUUAUUGAUACCGUCUAUAAUAUCGACGGAACCGUUUCCAAAAAAUAUGGGAGGAAUUAAAAUGUUACAUAAGAUAGUGGAACACUGGGGUGCUGGCGUGAUAACACCUCAUCUAUCGAAAAUAAUGCCUGGCCUUAUAAAGGCUUACGAUGACAGAGAAAGUACUGUUCGUAAAAGUGCGGUGUUUUGCAUGGUGGCAAUUCACGCUGCUGUUGGUGAAGACGCGCUUAUGCCACAUCUUACCUCUUUAUACGGUAGUAAAUUGAAGUUAUUGAACAUAUACAUACAACGUGCCCAACAGGCUAAUAGCCAGCCAGCAAGCCCGCGCAACGACAGUAAGAAUUAACCAAUAUUAAAUCAGAUAAAAGAUCAGACUCUCAGAGUGGCAAUACUCAAACGAUUCGCCCGAUUUGGUGCUAAACGCGAGCAAAUGAUCGUCAAUUUUCUCAACAAAUCAGAUUUCUGACGAAAGCAAAACUCAAGAAAAAAAAUGAAAAUGCUUGAAGAAUCGGUGUGCAAAUGCAUUCCUUGUUCAAAGAGAAAUUAUCUGCGUAAAAAACAUCUCUUAGUAUUUAGAAUUUUUUUUUCGUUCAUAUAAAAUCUCUUUGUCCUCCUUUCGUAGUUCUAAAUAUGAUCAAGACAUUUUUUUUCAUCAACAAUUACACGUACAAUCCUCGAUGAAAUGUGGUUUCCACUAAGGAUCAGAAAUAAAAAUAACAUCCAGAGCCGGGGACCCUUAGUAUCCAGAUAUUUAUUAUUCGUUCGAGGGUAAAUACUACCAACAUCGAUUAAAUUGCAAGUUUAAUUUUUGAUCGCUGAAUUAUGAAUACAAGAAUUUCCAACAUUCCUUCAUUCCCAGUAAUUCGUUACGCCUUAAUUUUUAUAUUGUUCAGCUAUUUAAUUUCUGAUUUUUAGACAAUUAUUGAGAGUUGAUCACUGUUGACUGAAAAAUGUUGUUAUAAAAAGCAUUGAAGAGGAUAUACGUACAGAACGUUGAAAUAAAUGCUAAUUUGACUAGACUUGACUCUAUAAAGAGUAACAAACAGUUGAGUAAUUAAAUAAUCGUUAUACGCUGCUGUUUCCUACCAAACUAACCAUCAGUUCUGUUACACUUGUAUUGGCUUGUCCGUGUCUUUUUUUUUGUUUCGGAAGUAUAUGAAAUAUAUGGCAAUGGUGAAUCUGAUAAUAUAAAUAAUUUUUGACCUAAAAAUGGAUUUUAUCCGUCACAUGUGCUAGUCAGAGGUUCUUAAGAUGCACAAAAAAUAAAAAAAUAAAUUAAAAUAAACACGAAAUGUGUAUAGUCGGAAGACGGACAUUAGAUAAGCAUGAGAGUGAUAACAAUUAUAAAAUUUGCAUUAAAAAAAGAAAAAUGGUGUUACCUAAUGAUGAGCAAAUAAACGAGUUGCCAAUAAUUGAAAGCGAACGAAAAUCAAACGUAAGCGUAAGUUUUUUUGUUCUGUGCCAUUUAACGUUUCUUUUUGUUCAGUAUCAUUUUACUUGACUUGUUAUUAUUACUUAGCGGUUAACGUAGUAAUUAAUAAUCGAUAAUUAUUUAAUAUAUUCUGAAUAGAGGUGUUUACAAAUAUUUAAUUGGAAUCGGCCCUGAAGUGCCAAAGAAAAAACAAAAGAAAAAACGGAGAAAAAAAAAUUCAAAUUUAACUACUACUCCUAAUUUAAACUAGAUUAUACGUCUAAGCCAAGUAUGUUUCAUUGAAAGUUUUCUGUUUUUCAUUUUAAACCUCAGAUUAAACGAAUAAUUUCGUAUAUACCGAUAUACAUCACACUUUUAUAAUUAUAUAGAGUCUCUUAUAGAGUCUAUCAUGGUCGAGUGAAUAAUGAAAUUGAAGGUAUGAGAAGUUAUCAUUACGUAUCGCCGAUGAUGAUCCUUUUCAAUCAUCAAUAGUCAACUGAUGUGAUCUAUGAAUUUUUCUUCUUGGUUUCCUCAUACCUACAGUCUAUUCAAAUUAGAUUGAAUGUUUUCCGGUGUGCAACAGUGGCAUUUAAAAUUUGGAAUUAUAAAAAUCUUUUCUGUAUUUCUUUUUUCUUCUUUUCAAACUAAAAGAAAGUGAAUAUGUAGCCAUGAAACUUUUUUUCAAACCAGAGAGUUGGUAUUCCAAACAAUUGCCUGCACUAAAUUGCUUUUUAACUGAAUUUGGAAUAGCAAAAAUGGCUUUUAUCGCGUUGAAAAUAUCAGAAUUAUCUAAGCGUUCAUGUAUAGAACCAAGAAAGGAAAGAAAACAAUGUGUACUCUAGGUACAUACAUGUACGUUUCUGGUUUAUUUCAAGGAGACCUUGAAUGCAUGUCUCAAUGUUUACCAAUUUUGUGUACAUAAUAUAUUUGAUAGUAAAGAAAACGUAAGAAAUAUUAAUAAUAUAAUAUUAAUAGUAUAAUAUAAUAUAAUAUAAUAUAAUAUAAUAUGAUAAUAAUGAUGAAUUUUAAUAACUAGUUAGUACGAUAAUCCAUAAGGUUAUUGGAAGAUCUUGAGGCAGUGUGAUGGCAAUGCCGUUAAAUGUUCGAAGCUUGUUUUGUUAAGUUUUUGAGCACUAUCAUAAUCUUAUUCCACUUAAAUUAUUGUUGUCAAAUGUAUCGCAUGAAAGCGUCACGUUUUGGAUAAUCUACCGUUGGACCGCAUUCUCACUAGAGGUACUGAUGUUUUCCGGAGAUUAACUUUAGUUUUUUGGCCUUCUCUUCUUUGUUUGACGCAAACUUUGCAAGUGAUCGACUUUCUACAACAAAGCUAAACAGCUUUCCCUGCUCAUGAUCAUUCUCGAUAGUCAACUCUACCUUGCGUACGUUGCCGAUGAAUUUGAAAUAAAAUUCUUUUCUGUUUUAUUCAUAAAUAAUUUGACACAAUGCUGAUUUGAAAAUUGGUCGAAGUAGGCUUUUCUUUACAAGUUUGUGCCCUUCUUUCACCUGAAACUGAUAGCCGGUAUAUCUAUGCAUCGCCUUGCAAACUCUCCACGGACGGAAUCACUCUGCGACGUUUUAAUUUCACAGUAAAUUAUGAUUUUCAAUUUCGAAAUAAAAAUUGAAGUACUAACUUACUAAACUAAAUAGAAUUCACUGCGAGGAAAAAUAAAUUAGUUGCGAGAUAAUUUCAUCGGUAGCGGUAUACCGUAACAAACUAAACUGUGAGGAGUUGUUAUAGAUCACAGUUGACCUAGGAUCAAACUUGACAAACAUUUCUCACAAAAUAAUUUCUUCAUACCACGAAGCAUUUCUUCACCGGUGAAGUUUGUUCUAUUAUUUUCUCCUAUUGCCCACAGAUAGUCAAUCUGACUUAUCGACGUUGCAGGGUUUGUUUCGUUGCGGUAUCGAUUUCUAAAAAAUGAGGAGAGAAUGUGGUUAUAAUAGUCAAGGAUGUAGAAUUAUACAGGAUGUAUUAGCACAAUGACCGUUGAAUAGCGAACCUUUGUAAAAGAGGCGCCCCCAUUACACAGCAAGAAAACAAAGAAAAAAAAGCAUAAUAGUUGUAAUACUUUAAGAUUUUUUCACGCUAAUAAUUAAAAAAUCUAAUUAUAUUGUUAUUGUAUAUGCCGACUUGACAUAAUAAAUUAUAGUCGCAAUUCAA